AUGUCAGGAAUGAUGCAGGAGCAGAAUUUGGAGAAGCAGAUAGGGAAACAAAUGGGUUGUAUGGCAGGUUUUCUUCAUCUCUUUGACUGUCACCACAUUUUGACGGGAAAACGCCUCUACUCCACCACCAAACGCCUCCCACCAUCCACGGCUGUUGAUUCUUCGCCGAAGCAAGAAAAAUCGGCUGGUUCGUCGCCAGCAUUAUCGAGGGAGUCGAAAAAUCCGGUUGUACCAGUGGCGGAGGUCCGAUCACCUGCGGCAGCGACGGAGUUACCGCCUAAAUCACCACUUACACUCCCUGUGUUUGAAUUGAAAGAAGGUUCUAAGUCCUCAUGGAAAUUCUGUAAAGAGACCGCGAGGCUGUCACUGGACAGCAGAGCCACUACUGACGCGAAAGGCAGUCUGCAUCCAAGAGAGAUCCGCACAAAUGCAUCCAUUCUAUCUCCGGUGAAUACAGAUAAUGGAGCCGCCGGUGGCCAUCAGCACCGGUCUCGAAGUGUCAUUGCCAGACUCAUGGGGCUGGAGCCCCUAUCAAAUUCGUCAAAUCCAGAGCCUGAGAAAAAAGUGGAGCUACGAAGAUCUAAUUCGGAAUCGAGAGUCCAAAUCGAUGGCAAAUUUUUUCACUUCAAACCGCCAAAUCAGGCCCAUUCCAUUGUGCAGGACAAUGCGGUGUUUGAGACUCCACGUCAUGCAGAUCCAAUCAGGUAUUCAUUCAAGAGUAAGAAAACUGAACAGCCUAAAGACUUGAUUAGAGAGGUGAAUUUAUCGCCAUGGAAAACUCCGACUCCCCGCAAAGGUUUCUUCGACUCGACGGACAUUUUUCCCGAGCCAAAGCGGACGAUUUCAAUCGAAGGAGAGAUUGAGAAGAGAUUAAGGAUGAGAGGAAUCGACGAGACUUCUAAAGAUUUGGAAACGUUGAAACAAAUUCUUGAGGCUCUGCAACUCAAAGGACUCCUCCAUUCUAAGAAGCUUUCGGAGCAAAAUCAACUCAGUUAUCGGAACUUCGUCUAUAAUGAGUCUCCAUUAACUAAGCCUUCGAGAUCAACACCAGUGUAUCACAUCAACCGAAGAAUGGGGAAUAAUACUUCGCCAUUGAGUUAUAGAAAUCAAGCGAGACGAAAUCUCAACCUUGCAGGGCGAGAGCACAAUGUAGGAAGUCCAACUAGAACUACAAGAAACUCGAGCUCGCCGACGAGGAGUGAGAGUAAUGGAGGUGUGAGGCGUUCAAAUUCACCUGUCAAACCUCGGCCACUGAGCGUUGAAACUCAUCGGAGAGUGAAGGAAUCACCGGAAAACCGAAGAGUCUCUCCCAUUCAGUCACCGAAGCUCACUACACGGAGAACCGGACCGGAUCCAACGGUCACGAUCCAAUCACCAAGGAACAAGAAACCAAUAACCGAGAUUCAUCAAACGGAGAAGAUCACAACCAUCGUUGUUACCGAAGAUGAAUCGUCCUCCAUUUCUGAAAGCACCGUCAGUACAUCUCUUCCUACCGAUAAGGAGAUGUCGAAAAUGGAGGAUUACAAAGAAGGGAAGAGUUUGUUGGAGAGGUGUGAUAAGCUACUUAACAGCAUUGCAGAAAUUACUACAACCGAUUUGCAACCGAGUCCAGUGUCCGUCCUUGAUUCAUCAUUCUACAGAGACGAGCCGUCUCCUUCACCAAUCGCGACAAAACGAAGCAUCAACUUCAAAGAUCAACAAGGUGAAUCGGAAGAAGAUAUUUGGAGCCCGGAUAUUUCACCAAUUCAGUCGAAAUGCAAAGUUAUAUCAGAAGAAUCUGAUUUGUUCUAUAUUUCAGACAUCCUCAGAGCUUCCCAGUUCCUCCCUGAGGACUCUGAUAUCUUUCUAUUACUAGAGAAGCAACAGUAUCUCAAUGGAAAAGACACGUCCAAAGUUUCGAGACUUCAAAGGAAGCUCGUUUUUGACACGAUCGGUGAAAUUCUUGGCCGGGACAGGCAGUUGCCUCCAUGGAAGGCAGUUUCUUGGACGAAUAUUAGUAUUGAACAGCCCUCCCUCGAAAAGAUUUGGUCAGAAUUCCAGACAAUCCGGGAGCAUGAAUGUACUGGUGACUUGUUAGAUAUCAUAUGUGGCGUUCUAAAGAAGGACCUAGCCAGGGAUACCAUUAAUGGUUGGGAAGAUUGUCCGGUCGAGAUGUCCGAAGCCGUUUUGGACAUCGAACGACUUGUUUUCAAGGAUUUGAUUGGCGAAACAAUUCAAGAUCUCGCAACAUUGGUCGAGGGACAAACUGUCUCUUUCUCCGAGGAUUCAAUUCAAUUUCUCCUUCUGAAGUCCAAAUCCCCCGAGUUGUGUUCCAUUAAUAUUUUUGGAUAA